UCAAAAGCUCUGAAUGGGGAAAAGAAAGCGAUCUCUGCGGCCGCAAAGGAUGCCCAAUAAACACACCCAACUCCUUAAAGACGGUGAAGAACCCCAGGAGCUGAGCGGCCGCGCUCCCCUUCGUCCAAUUUCCACCUCAAAAAACCGUAACCACCGCUUCCUCUCCGGAGCCCAGUUGGAUUCCGUGUCGUCGUCGUCGCCGGCGACGAUGGCGGAGGCGGCCCGGGAGCAUGUGGAGAAAAUCCUGGCGGAGGCGGCCCGGGAGCAUGUGGAGAAAAUCCGGCGCGAGCGCUACUACAUCGGCCGCGGCGAGCAGAACCCGCUGGCGGAGGACAUGCACCAGGCGGUGAACUAUCUCAGCCAGGAGCUUUACUCCAAAGAUGUGCACUUCCUCAUGGAGUUAGUCCAGAAUGCUGAAGACAAUGAGUAUCCUGAGGGAGUAGCACCAUCUUUGGAGUUCCUUGUUACAUCUAAUGACAUCACAGGAUCUGGAGCAUCAUCAACUUUAUUCAUUUUUAACAAUGAGAGGGGGUUCUCUAAAUCAAAUAUUGAGUCCAUUUGUCGUGUGGGGAAGUCAACAAAAAAGGGAAACAGAGACAAGGGUUACAUUGGAGAGAAAGGUAUUGGAUUCAAAAGUGUGUUCCUUAUAUCGAGCCAGCCCCACAUAUUCAGUAAUGGGUAUCAAAUCAAGUUUAAUGAGAAUCCCUGUGCAGAAUGUAAUAUUGGAUACAUUGUCCCUGAGUGGGUUGAAUCCAGACCUAGCCUAUCGGAUGUCAAACAGAUAUAUGGGUGUUCCAAAAACCUUCCAGCAACCUGUAUCAUCCUGCCUUUGAAGGAUGAGAAGGUUACUGCGGUUAAGCAGCAGCUCUCAAACUUGCAUCCUGAAAUGCUGUUGUUUCUGUCAAAGAUCAGGCAGCUUUCCGUCCGAGAAGAUAAUUGCAACCCGAGAGCCAGCACUGUUAGUGAGAUUGCAAUAUCCAGCGAAAAGAACUACCAAAUGAGAAAGAACAUGCAUGCAGAGUCUUAUACUCUUCAUUUAUCAGCUCAAGAAGAUGGGAACGAAGAAGAAUGCGGGUACUACAUGUGGAGGCAAAAGUUCCCUGUGAAGCCAGAGAAUAGAGUGGACAAACGUACUGAGAUUGACGAGUGGGUCAUCACUCUAGCCUUCCCACAGGGUGAGCGUCUAUCCCGUGGGAAGGAGCUAUCUCCUGGUGUAUAUGCUUUCCUUCCCACGGAAAUGGUAACCAACUUUCCCUUCAUCAUCCAGGCUGACUUCCUCCUUGCAUCAUCAAGAGAGGCAAUACUGUUCGACAGUCCAUGGAACAAGGGAAUUCUAGAGUCUGUCCCAAAUGCUUUCCUGAAUGCUUUUGUAGCACUUGUGAAGUCCAGAGCUGAUGCACCAGCAAUGUCACUUCCAUCUAUGUUCCGUUUCCUACCGGUCAAUCCUUCACUAAUCCCAUUGCUUGAGCCAGUUAGGUCUGGCAUCAAAGACAAGGUUCUUCUUGAGAAUAUAGUGCCAUGUGAGUCUCACACUUCACAAAAGAUAUUUUGCAAGCCUGACUCGGUUGCUCGGCUCAAACCAACCUUUUGGGAUAUCCUUGGCAAGGCGCGAGAGUCCGGAGUGGAUCUGAAGAAUCUGUCCACCCAUGGAACCUACAUCCUCAGCUCUCAUUUUGACAAGAGUACACACAAUAGUGUGCUUGCAUUUCUGGGUGUUAAAAGUGUGAGCUCUGAAUGGUAUGCUAAGUGCAUUGAGGGGUCUAAUCUUCUCAAGGAGGUACAUGAACAACUUUAUCUGGAAAUCAUAUCGUUUGUCGUGGAUAAUUGGCAAAAUUUCUUUUGUGGAACAAACAUGUUGUCUAUUCCCCUGCUGAAGUAUGUUGAUAGGAACAAUGCUAUCUCUUUCUGGAGCAUAUCUAGAGCUAGUCAAUCGAGCGAUAGAUUGUGCCUUGUAUCUGAGAAGAAGUGCAUAUCAUGGCUCAUCAGCUGGAACCAGGAGUUUCUGUCAUCUGGACGUUUUUUUCUGCCUCCCAGCACACAGACAGCUCUAGAAGAUUUCCCACGGAAGUCAACAAUAAUACAAUGGCUUCACAGCCAUGCAAAAGUGGAGUCUACAUCCGUGUACAAUUAUGGACUUACUGUUGCUAGUUCCUUGAACACUGAUAGAAGGCCUGUCAUUGCUUUGGCUCACUUUCUGUACCACUCAUCUCAAAAGGGUCACCUAGAAAGCUACAAUUUAGCUGAACUGUGCCGUGUCAUGCCAGUGAUUGACAGCUAUGGCAAUUCCGUCAAGACAAGAAGCAGCAUUCUGGUACCUGCGAAGGGUAGCAAAUGGAUUGAACUGAUCGGCACUAACCCAUGGACGAAUGAGAACUACAUUGAACUGCAUGCAGAUUACAAGUCAGCAGGCUGUUUUGCUGGGAACUACACAUCCGAAGGCCAGCUCUUGUCUUUCAUCAAGGCACAGUUGCAUGCAUCAGAUGUGCCAUUCAUACACCCUCCGAACGCAAGUUUCCCUACUGUCUCGUCCCCUCUAACUGUGGGCAAUGCGAUCUUGCUACUAGAGUGGAUACAGAAUUUGAAAUCGAGAAGAGUAACAUUACCGGCUAGGUUCUUGGCUUGUGUACAACAGGGAAGUUGGCUGAUGACAUCAGCUGGUUACAAGCCACCAAACGAAUCAUUUCUAUCCAACUCUGAGUGGAGUAAUCUUCUGCAAGAUGGAUCUUCCUUUGUUGAUAUACCAAUGAUCGAUCAACAGUUCUACCAAAACAAACUGCAUGAGUACAAAGAGGAACUCAAGGCAAUUGGUGUAAGAUCUGAGUUUAGGGAGGCGUCAGCUUACAUUGGCAGCCGCCUCAUGUCAAUGGCUGCAAACAACAUGCUAACCAGAGAGAACGUAUACGCAUUGCUUCGGCUGAUUCGGUUUCUUCAACAGAAGGUUCUGUCACCAAGUGAACUGAUUAAUCAUGUCAAAGAUGCGCGGUGGAUGAAGAGUACUCUCGGCUACAUGUCUCCUGCUAGUUGUAUUGUCUAUGAUUCAGAGUGGGCAGUGGCAUCUUGUAUCAGUAACCAACCAUUCCUUGAUGUCAAGUUCUAUGGUGAGGACAUCCUUGCGUAUAAACCAGAGCUGAAAUUGCUUGGUGUUGUCGUUGGUUUUGAAAACAACUACCAGCUUGUAAUUGAUAAUUUCAAGUUCAGUUCUGCUGCUGUUACUUGUGAUGCUACUGUACUUAUCCUCAAGUGCAUCCGGUAUGUAAGCUCAUGUGAUGACUUCCUAAAGAAGCUUAAAGAAUUAAAAUGGUUGAAGACCAGCAUGGGAUUCCGAGCUCCCAAUGAGUCUUUUCUUCUGGAACCUGAAUGGGAGUGCCUUUUAAAGGUCUUUGAUGGAAUCCCUGUAGUUGAUGUUGGAUUUUACGAGAGUAAAAUCAGUUCGUACAAAGAAGAGUUGAAGAAGACUGGAUUGAUCAUAAGAUUUGAGGAGGCAUCGAAGGCUAUAGGAAAUAUCUUUAAGAAGAUGGUCCUUAAGUCAUCACUUACAAAGGUGACUGUCCUAGCUCUACUAGCAUCUUAUCGCCAGCUGAGAAAGCAAAGCCCUAUUCCUGUCGAACUUUUCAAUGGCAUGCAGAAUGAGAAGUGGUUGCGCACAUCGUUGGGAUUCAGGUCUCCCUCGGAUGCGAUAUUAUAUGACGAAGAAUGGAAAUCUCUGUCACCAAUAGCAGACUUACCUUUCAUAAAUGAUGAUGACUCUCAUGAUGGCUUAAGCAAGGAAAUACAUGGUUACAAACAUGAGCUGAAGGGGCUAGGUGUUACUACAGAAGUGAAAGAUGGUGCUAGGUUUGUCAUUAGUGGUCUAAACUUUCCUAAGCAUCCUGUGAACAUAUCCGCAGCCACGGUCUUGUCAUUACUUCGGUCUAUCCGGAGCUGGUUGGCUUGUACAACAAAGUUUCCUAAGGACUUUGGGGAGAAAAUCAGUAGCUGCCGCUGGUUGAGGACAACACUGGGAUACAAAUGUCCUGAUGAAUGUAUACUCUUUGAUCGAAAGCAGUCUUAUAUCUACAAGGAGGAUGGCCCUUUCAUCGAUGAAUCUUUCUAUGGUUCAGAAAUAGCCUCUUUCAAAGAUGUCCUUGCGGAAAUUGGAGCAAUUGUGGAUGUUAGAUCUGGACAUGGCCUUAUUGCUCAGCAUCUGAGGAACCACAAAGAUACUGCUACUAUUUCUCGGAUAUACAUGUACCUUAAGGAGUGCAACUGGGAACCUAUGGACAAAAAGAGUGAUUGGAUUUGGAUACCGAAUGAAAGGGAAAGUGGGGCCUGGGUGAGCCCGCUAAGCUGUGUUCUUCAUGAUCCGGACAAUCUUUUCAGCAGCCAACUGCAUGUCUUGGGAAAAUACUAUGAAGGGAAGCUGCUCGACUUCUUUUCAUCUGCUCUUGGUGUAAGACAUGCUCCGUGUGCGGAAGACUACUGCCAGCUAUGGAGCACAUGGGAGAGCUUGUCCAGUGAGCUAUCGAUAGUCGACUGUGCUUCUUUCUGGAAGUACAUUGCAAAGAAGUGGAGCAAGAACACGGAGAAACUUCUUUCAGGUUGUGCCAAGGUUCCAGUUUGUGUGGAUGGAAAGAUAAUUUUAUCACAGAAGGAGGACGUGUUUAUUCCUGAUGAUCUACUUCUCAAGGAUUUGUUUGACAAGCUCCCUCAGGAAUCGUUUUUUAUCUGGUAUCCUUCUUGCAGCCUUCCUUCUGCCUCUCGAGCAAGGCUUAACAACAUCUAUGGUAGUAUCGGAGUCGGGGCAAUAUCAAAAGCCGUUGAGAAGAACAAUUCUUUCACCUUGGAGGAUAGAAGUUGUAGAAAAGUUGAUCAGCGUGAGUUGCUCAGUGUUGGUUUGCUUCAAAUAGUUCUCGCUUUCCUUGCUGAUCCCGCUCUUGACAUUUCUAUCGAAGAGCGUCACAGGAUGGUUUCUUGGCUGUUAAAUGUGGUUGUCCUAGAGACCGACAGGCCAAUCACGGUGGGAUAUCGUGUAAAUCUGUCUGGUGGAAGGUCCGUGGAUGUGAAGGCCAGCCGAAUGCUCCGCUGGGAGAGGGUGAAUGCAAAGCUGUACACGCAGCGAAGAAAUGGCACAGCCAGUUGUUACAAAGAAAAGAUCGAGUUUGCGACGAACUUUGCGGACGAGAUAGCUCAAGGAUUGCUCUUUGAGAUGGCGGACCAGAUCACUUCACUUGCAGAGCUCAUAAAAAUUGGCAGCCUUGUAGACUUCCAGGAGGCCGCUGUUGAAUACCUGCUGAGGUCGAGGAAUCUGCAGCUGUUCCCUGAAGACGAGGCUUUCCUUAACGCUGCAUCACGAGGUGGCAGCAAGAACUGUUAGCCGUCUGGAGAUCAUCUUUCCCUUCUUCUAGUUGAUCGGUGAUGGUUUUGUUGAUGGCCUGCCCGCAGGAGCUUUGGUGCCCUGUGUGUCUGGAUUGCUGGAGGAUCCGGAAUGCAAACGCUACACCAGUGUAUUUGAGACUUUCUGCUGGUAUCAGCCCAGUUUAAGCUGCCGUGUUUCUUUGCUUUGUGUGGGUGGCUCUCUUGUCUUCCCGUCCAGAAUCUGUCAACAGUGUCAGUUUGUCUGUUUAAGUAAUUGUUUGAGACUUUGAGUGAUACCACUAGUACUAUUUUUAUGCUGUCCCA